ACCGCCCGCCAUUCGCAACACACCCUCUUCGUCACGGUCAUCGUUCCCAGACUCGGAUUAGGGUUUAGCUUCACAUUCUUCUUCUACUCCUACUCUGCACUUCCGGGGACCUCCUUCUUCUUCUUCUUCUCCGCUAUGGACCUCACCAAGAAGCGGAGGAUGGACGAAAAUGGCGUCGACUCCGACAAUUCUUUCAAUUCACGAAUUACCCCCGAAGACGCUCGCAAGAUUAUCGAUCGUUUCACUCCGGACCAGCUUAUUGAUAUUCUCCAGGAUGCAGUUUCGCGUCACAUGGAUGUUCUUGAUGCGGUGCGAUCUAUUGCAGACCGGGAUGUGUCACAGCGGAAGCUGUUUAUUCGUGGCCUUAGUUGCGACACGAGUACUGAAGGGUUGCGUUCGCUCUUUUCCGCGUUUGGUGAGCUUGAAGAAGCGGUUGUUAUUAUUGACAAGGCAACCGGGAAAUCGAAAGGUUAUGGCUUUGUGACCUUUAAGCACGUGGAUGGUGCUAUCCUCGCUUUGAAAGAGCCGAGUAAGACGAUUGAUGGCCGCGUUACGGUGACGCAACUGGCUGCGGUGGGAAUUUCCGGGCAGAAUUCGAACGCUGCGGACUUGUCGUUGAGGAAAAUUUAUGUGGCGAAUGUUCCGGUGGAUAUGCCGGCUGAUAAACUGUUGGCGCACUUUUCGCUGUAUGGAGAAAUUGAGGAGGGACCGCUAGGGUUCGAUAAGCAGACGGGAAAAUGCAGAGGCUACGCUUUGUUUGUAUACAAGAAACCAGAGGGGGCCCAAGCAGCUCUGGUGGAUCCAAUCAAGACAAUUGAUGGAAGGCAGUUGAGUUGUAAAUUCGCUAACGAUGGGAAGAAAGGGAAACCUGGUGGUGGGCAGGAUGGAAUUCAAGCGCCGGUGGCUGGUCAAGGGAACGUGCAUGGAGACGGUAUGGGUAUGGCUCCUCCGUCGGCAAUGCCCGGUUCAGGCGGACAAUAUGGUGGGCCUGGAGGCAUGGGAUCCUAUGGUGGAGGCUUUUCGAGCGGAAUUCAAGGGGGACAGCCACUGGGUCAUCAUCCGAUCAACUCGUCAAUGGGACCAGGACUAUCUUCGGUCGGUGGUCAGGCUCCAUCUUCGUUGGGAAGCUCCGGGGGAUACGGCGGCGGUCCAUAUGGUGGUGGGUAUGGCGGACCAGGGUCCUCAGUUUAUGGUGGCAUGGGAAGUGUUGGUGGUGGUUUGGGUGGUUCUGGUGGUGGAUUGGGUGGAGUUGGGGGUGCUUCAUCUCUGUACAGGUUGCCGCAGAGUUCGGUUGGAAUGCCUUCUGGUGGUUAUCCGGAUGGUGGGCAUUAUAGCAUGUCGUCAUCAUCUGGGCACCCAAAUCAGCUCCAUCAACAGGCAGGAACAUCACCAGCACCACGUGUUCCACCUGGAGGAAUGUAUCCCAAUGUGCCACCUUAUUACUGAGGUUAUGAUGCUUGUUGCGCGCAGAUGCUUUAUGUGCUCUGGUGAUUGCGUUGAAUGCAGACUGUAACUCUGGUUUGAUGAAUGCAUUAGCUUUACUUUGUGGCCUCUCCUGUUUAACUGCACCUUUGAGUUGUUCAUUGAUAAUACCUGGUAGUGAAAGAGACAGUUAGAAAGUUAGAUAAUUUUGUACUCUACCCAAUGACUUAUUUGUGAUAUUUCACUUUUCUACUAGUAGUAAAUUUAGUAUUGAGCUUUUGUACUUUGUGCUAGUUUUUGUAGUUUGUUUGCUUUCUGUUGCUUUCAAAAUAUGUGGACAAUCAUGUCUUCCAUCUUUGUCAUCUACUGAUUGUAUUGUUUUCCGUAAGCACUUAUUGAUUAGCAUUUGAUGUUCUAAUAUUUUCAAUUUUGGUAGUUACUUGGCUCAGGAAUCUUGAUUUGAGAAUUUCAACCUGCUAGAAGAACCUUAUAUGCUUUCUUGGUUGUUGCGCAUCUGCUGGGAACUUCUAAUCCUUUGCAGUUUUUGUUAUCUAAGUGGUUUCUACUUCUCCUCUUCCAUUAUUAUUGGCAUACCUUUGAAUUGAUUUCCUUCUAUUGCUAUGCUCUUCGAUCAUUGAUUGUGAAUGGUGGAUGAAAGUAGAAAAAAGUCCAUGGUGAGUCUGUUGGCUGAACUUGAUAGUGUUUUUGUAUGUCCAUGCUGUGUGGAUCCACUUCUAUUGCUGCUCUGCUGCGUGUAUCUGUUUUGAAGAAAAUUGUUGGGGCCACAAAUCUUGUCAGACUUGGAUUUGAAUGUUACUUGAAGCCCUGUUUGUAUCUUAUCUUAUCUCAAGUGCACAAUUGAGCUGGAUGCUUGGAGACCAAAUACAUGUGUGCAUAAUGAUAGUUUGAGUUUUAACUGUUUGGUACAACCAAUUGCUUGUUUAAUUAUUUGUUUUAUAGUUUUUUGACCUACGACAUAGGCUUGGUUGAUGUGGGCGUGUUAUGGACGUGGAUAAGAGUUUGUUUCUCACUUUUCAUGUGUUAAGGAUAGUAAUAUAAGCGUAGACAUCUGCUUAUUACAUAAAUACAAAUGCAAGCAUAAUUUGGUGCUUUCCCCUCCCCUUGAGCUGUUGUUGCCUUCAUUUUGUGGGUGUGUUUUGGAGAGAUGAUGAUUUGAAACAAAUUAACGAUGCAAAUCAAUCAAUUAGGAAUAUAAAAUGGUGGAAGGAGAAUCAUUUUCAGGUGUUAAAAAGACGUGUUUGGUUCAUAGGUUUGGAAAGUCUAAUUUUUGUGUAGUUUGUUCUGGAUUGCGUUGGGUUGCGUCAAUAAUGACUUUAAAGAGCGUGAGUUUAUACAAACCUCGUAUCUUGUUCAGAGGUUUAGAAUUUUGUAUAAGUGCUGAAUUUGUGUGAGAUAGAUAUUAGAAAUUAGUGCUAUUCUAAUAUUUAAACCUCGUGAGAUUAGCAAUUUUGUUGUUCUAAAUCUUUAUCCCAAAUUCACUGGUUGAAUGUUUAUAUUAGAUUCUCUCUCACACAUAAUAUUUGGCCUUCCUUUUUGUUGCAUUAUUUUGGUGGACUGUGAAAUGAGAUGACCAUGGACCUCAAUCACCCCAAUGACACCCGCUUUGGAGGAUCUAAAAUCAGUCCAGAAGAGUUCACAUAACAACACUGCCGCAGAAAUUUGACAAAUCCAUUCUCUCAUCAAAGAUAUGCAAGGAUUCAAAACGUUGAGUCGUCGUCACUUCAUCUUGUACUUUGAAAUGUUAUACUUCACAAGAAAUUGAGGUGGUUUGGUUUUUAUAUUUUGGUAUAGAGUUUUAAGGCACAUGUGGCUUGAUUGAGAAUGUAGUAGAAGUCUAUAACCAGUUUGUUAAGUAGGUAAAUAUCUUUGUUGUGUUGCUAAUUAGCUUUCGUUUUUCUUUUAAGAUGAAAAGUUAAACACGUUAAUAUGGUGAGAUUAGUUUAAAUAUCAAAGUUGAUUCAGAUUA